CAUAAACAGGAAGGAAGGAGAGAGAGAACUGGGCCGUAACCUGAUGUUCCUUUCUAGCAACUGGUACCCCCGUCCACUGCACUUCUGAACAAGCGUUUCACGGUCGUCCUUGUCGUUCCGUCCUCGUGGGUCAACCACGUUUCCUUGGUAAAUACGAGACAUGAACAGAAGAUUUCGCAGGAGAAUACGAGCUUGUGCUGCAGAAGCAUUCCAUCAAAUGGAAGACAAAAACGUGUCCCUUUUGUACCACAUUUUCGGAACACCGGCGUCCCGUAUUAGAUACGGGAAAUGGGGCCUACGUUCGGCAGACGGGAUCCUUCUCGGGACAGCUGUGUCCGACCGUUCGAGACAGACCCAGAGAUCAAGGAAAGAAGCCCUUUCAGAAUUUUUUGUUGAAACCAUGAGCUCGAAUUCGUAUGGAUAUUUAAUUGGGCGUUUUGACGGCUAGGAAAGUGGGGAUGGAUGGAUCUUGUCCCAAAUCUAAAUUUCAGCAUCUUUCUGAAUCACAGGGUGGAUAGAAAGGGAGAGAGGGGGGUCAACUAUCUAACUUUGCUUCGCCUCUCCUCUAUCUACAGGUUUUAGGUUUCUGUUUUUAAUUGUAUGUGAUUGGAGGUUAUGUCACUCAUGGCGGAUAUUUGGGCCCGAGUUGUCAUAUGCUGAUGAUGAUGAUGACAGAUGGAAACCCCAGCGUUUGUCUUCUUUAACCUCAGCUUGAUCUCAUCUUCACCAUUUUCAACUCUACCUCCCCACUUCCGUUUUCUUCGAAAUCAUGGCAUCAUUCUGGGCUCCUUAAGAAGCUCGCUUUGUCCAUGUUCUCUUCCUCUGAACCUUCCAUGGCAGAUCCUGAGAAACCCACCUUGUCAUACCUCGACUCCCCUCCAAACACAAGUUCCUGCAUCUCAAACUGUGGCACCCUCUUCACAGAAUUCUCCCCGCCUGAGAUUUCAUCACUUAGGAAACUCAGCGAGAACCUUGAUACGCUGUUCCGGUCCCCGGAAUUCGACCUCUACAGCGACUUGAAGAUCGUCGUCGACGGCGGCCUGGAAGCACGCGCUCACCGCUGUAUCCUAGCGGCGCGAAGUCCCUUUCUGAAACAGGUUCUGGCGGGGAGUGAGAAGGACAGGUACGAAUUGAAGGAGCUUGCGCAGGAAUUUCAUGUAGGAUAUGAAGCCUUGGCCUCUGUCCUGGACUACAUGUACAGUGGGAAGGUGAAAUCCCCUCCACCAGAGAUCAUCACCUGCAUCGACGAAGAGUGCCCUCACGAAUCCUGCAGGCCGGCUCUCGAUUUCGCUGUUGAGGCCUUCUAUGCAUCAUAUGCAUUCCAGAUUGUAGACCUGGCUGAUGUUUGGAAGAUUCGCCUUUUAGAAAUGCUAGACAAGGUCUCUAAGGAUGACAUUCUGACAAUUCUAUCAGUUGCAAACCUGUGUGACAAAGAAAAUGGAAGGUUGUUGAACAAGUGCAUCGAUGGGGUAGUCAGGUCAGAUAUUGAUUUAGUUACACUGGAGAAAGCACUGCCUGAAGAUGUUGUCAAAGUAAUCAUGGAGACAAGGAAAAAUUCAGACAUGGCUACCUCUAUAAUCAACGUACCACCAAACAAACAUGUAAGAAGGAUACAUCGUGCGAUUGAUUCAGACGACAUCGAAUUAAUAAGAUUGUUGCUGAAAGAAGGACACACGACUUUGGAUGAUGCAUGUGCACUGCACUAUGCAGCAGCGUAUUGUGAUGUCAAGACCACAACAGAACUUCUCGAUAUUGGGGUGGCUGAUGUUAACCACAGGAACCCGAGGGGAUACACGGUGCUGCACGUUGCUGCAAUGCGGAAAGAGCCCAAGAUCAUAGUUUCGCUCUUAACUAAGGGUGCCAGACCAUCUGACCUUACACCAGAUGGAAGGAAAGCAGUUCAAGUAUCAAAGAGACUAACCAAGUCUGUUCACUACUACAAGACCAUUGAACAAGGAAAUGCUUCUCCAAACGAGAGGUUAUGUAUAGAUGUUCUGGAGCAGGCAGAGAGAAGGGACCCGCUACUAGGAGAAGCUUCUGCUUCUCUUGCAAAAGCAGGCGAGGAUCUGCGCUCCAGAUUGUUAUACCUUGAAAGUAGAGUCAGUCUCGCAAGAUUACUGUUCCCUGCGGAGGCCAAAGUUGCCAUGGACAUCGCGCAUGUGGACGGUACACCAGAAUUCUCGUCAGAUAAAGUAGACUUGAAUGACUCGCCUUUUGUAGUCAGAGAGGACCACCUGUCAAGGCUGAGAGCACUCUCAAAAACAGUGGAGUUGGGCAAACGCUUCUUUCCGAGGUGCUCUGAGGUACUCAACAAGAUCAUGGAUGACGAUGAUUUGGGUGAACUAGCUUGCUUGACAACGGGAACCACAGAAGAACAAUUAAGAAAGAGAAAAAGAUAUCUGGAGCUCCAAGAGCUGCUAUCAAAAGCAUUUAGUGAAGACAAGAAAGCGCAGAAUAGCUCGACAAUAUCGUCAUCGUCAUCAUCCACAACCACUGUAGAACAUGGACGCUCAAGAGUAUCCAGAAGAUAAGUCCAAAGUAUAGUGUUCGCGGACUUGCCUUUGUAAUCCUAAUGAUAUUUCAGAAACUCAUUAUAGAAGGAUAGUUUGGAUUCAGAACAUGUAAUUAGUGGAGGUGACGCCAAAAUUCAGCACGUGAUAUGGCUGCAAUUCCUACAUGCAAGGCUAGGGAUUCCGAGGCAACUUGCAAUAUUACUGCCAAAAGAGAAACUUGCUCCAUGUAUAUUUGACCAUAAAUUCUCCUUCAUCUA